AUGCAUUCCAAAACUUUCCUGCUCACUUCUCUUGCAGCUGGUGGACUUCUUCCAGCAGUUCUUGCAGCUCCUGCCCCUAGACCUCAGAUGAAUUAUGCCGAGCAAUCAGCAGCUAUAGCUGGUGUAUCUGCACCACUACCUACUGCUACAGCCGCCUCCGGGUCGCUUUAUGGACAUAAAUCACUUUUGGGCGAAUCCGGGAAGUCAUCUUCUCUGUCUAAAGCGGAUUCCGCCAUCAUGCCAGAUACCCCACUUGUCAUUGGUCAGGAAGCAGAUUCAGACCUGGGUUUAUUUCUGGAUUUCAACAGUGUUGACAAUCCUCAGCCUAUUCGAGGGUCGACAGGUGAAACUGAUCCUGGGCCACAAACAUAUGAGUAUCAGAGGUUGAAUCCUGAUCUCCUCGCUCCACCAGGAACAGACAGUGGAGAUAUGCCACAAGCCCAAUGGCCAAUGGGAAUGUCCCACAAUAGGUUGGGCGUUGGCAAGAAAUCAGGAUGGGCAAGACAACAAAACACUGGUCAAAUGCCUAUUGCGACUGAAAUGGCUGGUGUAGAUAUGCGUCUUGCACCAGGAGCAUACCGAGAGUUACACUGGCACACAGCAAAUGAAUGGUCAUUGGUGCUAAAAGGAAGUGUACGAAUCUCUGCUGUUAACGAGAAAGGUGAAAGCUUCAUCGAUGAUAUUAGCGCAGGCGAUGUAUGGUUCUUCCCAGCCGGUGUUCCUCACUCUAUUCAAGCGCUGGAUGAGGGCUGUGAGUUUUUGUUGAUUUUCGACGAUGGAGAUUUCUCAGAAGAUGGCACUUUCCUCGUCUCCGAGAUGUUUCUCCGAAACCCUAAAUCAGUCCUCUCCAAGAACUUUCAAACCCCUGUUUCCUCCUUCGACAAACUUCCAUCCGAUCAACUAUACAUCUUCAACGGCACCCCCGCACCAGCCAACAUCUCCACGCAAAACCAAACCAGCGACGCAGGCCCCCUCCCUCAGAAAGAUUCCUACACCUACCACUUCUCGCAACAAGAACCCUACACCGUCCCAGGUGGAUCCGUCAAAAUAAUCGACACAACCACCUUCCCGAUCGCCGCCAACUUCGCCGCCGCCCUCGUCACCAUCGAGCCCGGUGCCAUGCGCGAACUCCACUGGCAUCUCACAUCCGACGAAUGGAAUUACUUCCUCUCCGGCUCCGCUCGCAUCACCAUCUACUCCGCUCCUAGCAGCAGUCGCACUUUCGACUACACGGCCGGAGACGUAGGAUACAUUCCCGCCAGUAACUCGCAUUACAUUGAGAACACCGGUACGGAAGAUGUGGUCUUUUUGGAGGUGUUGCAACAACCGGUCUUUAGUGAUAUUAGUGUGGCUCAAUGGUUGGCGUUGACUCCUAGACAGGUCGUUAAGGAUACCUUGGGCUUGCCGGAUGAUGUUAUUGAUUCGCUUCCGCAUGAGAAGACUUUGAUUAAGGUUGGGAAUAGAAAUAUGACGGCCUUGGCGGCAGAUGAGAAGGGAAGUGGUGCUUAUGAGUAG